UCCGGUGUGAGCAGCCGGGCCGGGGGGGCAAGAUGGCGGCGGCAGUAGGGGUCCGCGGCCGGUGCGAGCUGCCGCCUUGCUCCGGCCCAGGCUGGCUCCUCAGUCUUUCCGCCUUGCUGAGUGUGGCGGCUCGAGGGGCCUUCGCCACCACGCACUGGGUCGUCACGGAGGACGGGAAGAUCCAGCAGCAGGUGGAUUCGCCGAUGAACUUGAAGCAUCCCCAUGACUUAGUCAUAUUAAUGAGACAAGAAACAACCGUUAACUACCUCAAAGAAUUGGAGAAGCAAUUAGUUGCUCAAAAAAUUCACAUAGAAGAGAAUGAGGACAGAGAUACAGGACUGGAACAGAGACAUAAUAAAGAAGAUCCAGACUGCAUCAAAGCCAAGGUGCCCUUAGGAGACCUGGAUCUCUAUGAUGGCACAUACAUAACUUUGGAAAGCAAAGACAUCAGCCCUGAAGAUUAUAUCGACACACAAUCUCCUGUCCCUCCAGACCCUGAGCAACCUGAUUGUACCAAAAUUCUAGAACUUCCAUAUAGUAUACAUGCUUUUCAGCACCUGCGAGGUGUACAAGAGAGAGUUAAUCUUUCUGCACCUCUAUUACCUAAAGAAGAUCCAAUCUUCACAUAUUUAUCUAAACGACUAGGAAGAAGUAUAGAUGACAUAGGCCACCUCAUUCAUGAAGGCCUACAGAAGAAUUCUUCCUCAUGGGUACUGUAUAACAUGGCUUCAUUUUACUGGAGAAUAAAGAAUGAGCCAUAUCAGGUAGUGGAAUGUGCCAUGCGAGCACUUCACUUCUCUUCCAGGCACAAUAAAGACAUUGCCCUGGUCAACUUGGCAAAUGUUCUGCACAGAGCUCACUUCUCUGCAGAUGCUGCUGUUGUGGUCCAUGCAGCUCUGGAUGACAGUGACUUCUUCACCAGCUAUUAUACUUUGGGAAACAUAUACGCAAUGCUGGGGGAGUAUAACCACUCAGUGCUCUGUUAUGACCAUGCUUUGCAAGCCAAACCUGGGUUUGAGCAAGCUAUAAAGAGGAAGCAUGCUGUCCUGUGUCAGCAAAAACUCGAGCAGAAAUUGGAAGCUCAACAUAGAUCCCUCCAGCGAACACUGAAUGAGUUGAAAGAAUACCAAAAACAGCAUGACCACUACUUGAGACAGCAGGAGAUCCUAGAGAAACAUAAGCUGAUUCAGGAGGAGCAAAUCUUAAGAAAUAUCAUCCAUGAGACACAGAUGGCAAAAGAGGCACAAUUAGGAAAUCAUCAGAUAUGCCGGCUGGUCAACCAGCAGCAUAGUUUACACUGCCAGUGGGACCAACCUGUGCGCUACCAUCGUGGAGACAUUUUUGAAAAUGUGGACUAUGUUCAGUUUGGCGAGGAUUCAUCAACCUCCAGUAUGAUGUCUGUGAAUUUUGAUGUUCAGGCAAAUCAGAGUGAUAUCAGUGAUUUGGUCAAGUCUUCUCCUGUAGCCCAUUCCAUUCUCUGGAUCUGGGGCAGGGAUUCUGAUGCAUAUAGGGACAAACAGCAUAUUCUGUGGCCUAAAAGAGCAGAUUGUGUAGAAAGUUAUCCGAGAGUCCCUAUUGGUGGGGAAUUGCCAACGUAUUUUCUGCCUCCGGAAAACAAAGGACUCAGGAUCCACGAACUCAACAGUGAUGAUUAUUCUUCAGAAGAAGAGGCCCAAACCCCUGACUGUUCCAUAACUGACUUCAGAAAAAGCCAGACUCUGUCCUACUUAGUCAAAGAAUUAGAGGUCCGCAUGGAUCUGAAAGCCAAAAUGCCAGAUGACCAUGCACGAAAAAUUUUGCUUUCCCGUAUUAAUAACUAUACUAUCCCAGAAGAAGAAAUUGGGUCUUUCUUAUUUCAUGCUAUUAAUAAGCCAAAUGCUCCUGUCUGGCUGAUACUCAAUGAAGCUGGACUCUACUGGAGAGCAGUAGGAAACAGCACUUUUGCUAUUGCUUGUCUUCAGAGGGCUUUGAAUUUGGCUCCACUUCAGUACCAGGACAUUCCUCUUGUGAACUUGGCCAACCUUUUGAUUCACUAUGGCCUCCAUCUUGAUGCCACUAAGCUGCUACUUCAAGCUUUGGCCAUCAAUAGCUCUGAGCCCCUGACCUUUUUGAGCCUGGGAAAUGCUUACCUUGCUCUGAAGAAUAUCAGUGGGGCACUUGAGGCCUUUAGACAGGCUUUGAAAUUAACUACCAAAUGCCCAGAAUGUGAAAACAGCUUGAAGCUGAUUCGCUGUAUGCAGUUUUAUCCUUUUCUGUACAACAUCACCUCUUCUGUUUGCAGUGGUAAUUGUCAUGAGAAAACCCUGGACAACAGCCAUGACAAACAGAAAUAUUUUGACAACUCACAGUCACUGGAUGCUGCUGAAGAAGAGCCCUCUGAGACAGGAACAGAGGAGGACCCUGUACUCUCUGUUGAGAAUUCAGGGAGGGACUCAGAUGCCCUUAGACUUGAAAGUACAGUGGUUGAGGAGAGCAAUGGUUCUGAUGAGAUGGAGAAUUCAGAUGAAACAAAAAUGUCUGAAGAGAUACUGGCUCUGGUGGACGAAUUUCAACAGGCAUGGCCUCUGGAAGGCUUUGGGGGAGCACUGGAGAUGAAAGGGCGGCGUCUAGACUUGCAGGGGAUACGCGUACUGAAGAAGGGUCCCCAGGAUGGAGUGGCCAGAAGCUCUUGCUAUGGAGACUGCAGAAGUGAAGAUGAUGAAGCAACAGAAUGGAUCACAUUCCAGGUCAAACGUGUAAAGAAACCCAAAGGAGAGCAGAAGAAAACCCCUGGCAAAAAGGUAGAACCAAAUCAAGCAGAAAAUGUGCAUUGUUACCAAUCAAACCUGGAGAUCACUGGCCCAAAGGUAGCAUCUCCUGGGCCACAAGGGAAAAAACGUGACUACCAGAGUCUGGGAUGGCCCAGCCCGGACGAGUGCCUCAAACUCCGCUGGGUAGAGCUGACUGCCAUCGUGAGCACCUGGCUCGCGGUUUCUUCAAAAAACAUUGACAUCACAGAACACAUAGACUUUGCCACUCCGAUACAGCAGCCAGCGAUGGAGCCUCUUUGCAAUGGCAAUCUUCCUACGAGCAUGCACACCCUGGACCACUUGCAGGGGGUCUCCAACCGGGCCAGCCUGCACUACACGGGUGAGAGCCAGUUAACAGAGGUAUUGCAAAAUCUUGGCAAAGACCAAUAUCCACAGCAAUCACUUGAACAAAUCGGCACCCGAAUUGCCAAAGUUUUGGAAAAGGUUCUUUAAAACCUCAUGCUGAUUGGAGAAGCUGGCAAUUGAGAAAGUUUCAUUUUCUAACCCUGCAAGUCCCAGCAUGAAAGCAUUUUUUUUCUAAAUUCUGCUUGAAAACUGUACUGUUUCUUGUUUAAGUUCUCUCUUUUAAUAUCUUACUAUAGAGGAUUUUUCAAAAACUCUUUGUCCCUUUCAGUAUUAUUCUUGGAAGUCUUCCUAGCCAAAUCCACAACUCUGUGAGGUAUUUUAUUUAUAUUCCAAGAAACAGGCUCACCAUUUGUUUUGCCAGUAGAUGAGCCUGCCCCUUCUCCAGCCUCCAACAGCGAUGGCCUCCAUGCUUGUCCAGUCUCACUGCUGCGCUAAGCAGACGUACUCAACCCAUUCCCAGAGCUAACGCCAUAGGCUCUGAGUUUCUAUUAUGGCAACACUCCAUUCUGAAUACCAGACACUAUUUCAGUUACCCAUUUCUACCUCAGAGACCACCCCAAAAUCUACUGGCUUUAAACAAAACUUAUUUGCUCAUGAUUGUGUAGUCUGAGCUGGACUCAGCUGGGCAUUUCUUCUGGUCUCACUUGGAGUCGUUCACGCAACUGCAAGACAUGUGGAGACUCAUCUGGGGCUGGCGACCAGAAGGUUCUACUCAUGUGUCUGAUCCAUCAGCUGGAGUGGUUGGAAUAGCUGGGGCACAGUCUCUCCAGCUGGGUAGAUGGGCCUUUUUGCAAGGGGGCUCAGCACUCCACAAGGCUGAGAGCAGACGCACACAGGCCUCUUAGAGCCUGUGCAGGGAAACAGAACUGCUGUGGCACCACUUCUUUCCAAGCAGGUGUAGGGCCUGCUCAAAAUCAAAGGCAGGGGAACGUCCUCCCUCUGCUAGCAGUGACAGAGAGCGCACAGCCUACCUUUAAAGCACCAUGGGUCCCUCCAGAGAAGCAACGAGACUGACAGCAUCUCCCCAGGGAUGGUAGAAUCCAGAAGCCAGUGUAACAACAUGUUUAAAACUAGAGGGAAAAAAACUGCAAGCCUUGAAUUUUAUACCAGCAAAAACAUCCUUCCAAUAUUAAGGAAGAAACGGAAGAGACAAAAACUCAGAGAAUUUGGCACCAGUGGGCCUGCACUGAAAUAAUAAUUAAAGAAAGUUCUCAGGAAAAUAUCCCAGUUAGAAAUAUCGACAUGCAAGAAGGAAGGAAGAACACCAGGACGGUAGCUGCACAAAAUAAUAACCGGUAGCUGUACAAAAUAAUAACCCCAAAACCCUGAGGCGCUUUACUUUUCUAUAUAACUAAAAUCCAUGGUAACAAUAACAAAUUAUGGGAGCGAUGGAAAUGGAGUUUAAAUGUUCUAAGGUUUAAUUGGUAUCAGCCAAGUACUAAAAGUAAUAAUUUGCAUUGGUCUGUGAUAAGUAAGAAUGCAGUUUUAGGCUCUAGGCUAACUACUAACAGUGGUUUGGAAAUGUAAUUUAAUAGAUGGGAAAUAGAAUAAUAGAAAACAUUUGAUUAAUCUAUAGAAAGUCAGAAAAGGAGAGGCACUUAAAAGUAGACACAAAUGGUAAAAUAGUAAGUAUAGACCCAAGUAUAUCCGUAGUUAAGCAAAAAAGAUUAUAUAAUUUGAGCAUUUAGUAUGGAAUGGUUUUUUUUAAUCCAGCUAUAUACAGCUUAUAAGAGAAGCACUUUAAAUAUUAGGCACAAAAGUGUUGAAGUGUAAAGAUGGAAAAUAAUACACCAUGCAAACAAACAAAAAAAAAAGCUAAAAGACAGGUGAUAUAGCUGCCAUC